UGAGAUCCUCCUCUUUAAAGUGCGUCACAGCAAGUUGUCUCAAAUAUCACUAAAAACAGUGAGAAACUACUGUUCGUCAGAACACCACGUCAUCCAGUUUGUGGCUAAGAAGUGUUGUACCUGUGCAAGAGAUUUUACAGAAUUUGUACGAAGAAAUCUUAACAGAGUUAUCAGGAGAUGUGCUGAUUUUAUCGGCGGAAGUUUCCCACAAUUUCUCCACGAACUUUCCUGCUUUCUGGUCGUUUGCUCGCAUAUCAUGAGUGUUUUUGCAAAAAUAACAUGAUAAUUGAUAUUGACCUCAUUCACCUCUCUCGCGUGCGCUCCAAAAAAUACAUGACAUUUGCACUCACCCCUGAAAAUCAUCUCAUACUUCUAUCAACUGAACAAGCACUUAUUCUUACUCACAAUCAAAUCUGAUAGCAUCUUUCAAACUUAUUUAAAAAAAAACAACAUCAUUUAGGCUCCGAUAAGAAAUAGUCGUGUGAUCUCGCUACAGAGUGAUGAAUAACGUGAAUAUAUUGGCGAAGUUUAUGCUAAUCUGUUAGCGCAUUUUCUUGGGCAAAUUUAAGUGGAUCACACUGUGUGUUCAGUGUUUCUUAUUCAAUUUCCCGAUGUAUUGUGAUUUUUAUGCUCGCUAAUUGAUAAGACGAGAUGAAACAUACGAGGAGAGUUCAAUGCGUUGCGAGGAUUUGUGGCAAACGGUCGGUGUGUAAUUUUACUUAAAUAUUUCCACACAUUUUCCUUUAUGUUCUGACUGUGAGAGUGGCGCAAUGGGAAAAUACGAAACUGUUGGUGUUCUUGGUGCAUUUAUGAUGGUGGCAAUGACCGGUGUAACGCUCACAAAUAAAUUUCACCAAACAUCUGACAAUAAUACUUACGAAAGUGCAAUAAAUAAGGACAAUGAAGAAGAUUUCACGAGCACACAAUUUGUGCCACUUCAAUUGGAUUUUCAGGAUCAAACAGAGAGUUUAACCAACGAUGAGAAAGCUGAUUAUGUAAAAGAAGUAUAAAUAGAUUUUUCCUUAUCAAAUCGCAGUGUUGUUGAGGGAAGAAAGUGUUGAUUUUUCAGAUGAUGCUUCACGCUUGGAAGAAUUACAAGCAAUUCGCUUGGGGUAGAAAUGAAUUGCGGCCAAUCACGCAGAGUCCGCACACGAAUGGUGUUUUUGGAAACUCCAAUGUUGGUCUCACCAUCAUCGACAGUCUGAGUACGCUGCAUAUUAUGGAGCUUUAUGAGGAAUUUGAAGAGGGAAAACGGUGGCUGAGGCAGAGAUUCUCCCUUCAUAAUAUUGCUGCAGAUGUUUCAGUAUUUGAGAUAAAUAUUCGCCUUGUGGGUGGAUUAUUGUCCUGCUACGCCUUGACUGGAGAUCCGCUGUUCAAGGAGAAAGCUGUUCAUGUGGCUGAUAAGCUGUUGCCGGCAUUUCGAACACCAACAGGAAUUCCCCUGGCAAUGGUUAAUCUUAAAACUGGGAUGGCCAAAAAUUAUGCCUGGGCGAGUGGAAGCAGCAGUAUAUUGUCAGAAUUGGGUACAUUCCAUUUAGAAUUCACAUAUCUCAGUGAUAUCACAGGGAAUCGUAUUUAUCGCGACUCUGUAAUGAAUAUUCGUCGAAUUCUCAACAAAUUGGAGAAACCUGGAGGACUUUAUCCACUCUAUCUCAAUCCGAGGACUGGAAACUGGGGCCUCUAUCACAUGUCGCUGGGAGCUUUAGGGGACAGCUUCUACGAGUACCUGCUGAAAGCCUGGAUUCAAUCUGCUGGUGAGGACGAAGAAGCUCGUCUGAUGUUCGACGAAGCAAUGCCGCCAAUCAUUGAGCAAAUGAUCAGGACAUCUCCAAGUGGUUUGACUUACGUGUCGGAUAUGAAAUUCGGACGACUGGAGCACAAAAUGGAUCACUUGGCAUGCUUCGCCGGAGGACUUUUCGGUCUUGCCUCACAAACGCUCGCCAAUGAGUGGUCGACAAAGUACAUGGAAGUUGCCGAAGGACUCACAAACACCUGUCACGAGAGUUACGUGCGAACGUCCACAAAAUUGGGCCCAGAAGCGUUCAGAUUCAUUGACGGUGUUGAAGCUGAAGCCGUGAAAUACACAGAGAAGUACUACAUUUUGCGACCAGAAGUGAUUGAGAGUUACUUCAUCAUGUGGCGCUUGACGCACCAGCAAAAGUACAGAGAUUGGGGCUGGGAAGCUGUUCAGGCGCUCGAGAAGCACUGUCGAACUGCACAUGGGUAUUCUGGAAUCAAGGAUGUCUAUGCAAAGGCGCCGCUAAAGGAUGAUGUGCAGCAGAGUUUCUUCCUUGCGGAAACGUUAAAAUAUCUUUAUCUGCUGUUCACAGACGAUUCGGUCAUGUCACUAGAAAAGUGGGUAUUCAAUACAGAAGCUCAUCCACUACCCAUAAAAGGAGUAAAUCCACUUUACAGAGCAGCUGCUGUGACACCUAGUUUACAUUUAAAUUAGCACAGAAAACAGUUUUUAGCUUAAUAAUUUUAUUAUAGAUUAAGCAAUAAUGUAAAAAAGAACCUAAAAACAAUCUUUAUAAGGUCGUCAAAUGAUUUCUGGGCAAAUAAAUUCCAGAAAGACUGAAUUUACCAACAAAAA